GCACGCGCGCGUGCGUGCGCGUGAGAGCCAACUAGUUGUUGGCUACCAGUAGCAUUAGCUUCCAUAGUUAGCGCCGCUUUCUGGAAACAUUUGUCCGGCACAGUCGCACCGAAGACGGCCACCAUGAGUGGGGACUCCCGUUAACGAAGCACGCCUGUCCGCCUGAAAUGUCAAAGAAGACCCUUUUGGGGAAAUGAGAAGUUAGCCCUCCGUCAGUGAGAAAGGGGGGAAAGUCCGGCUACAUCUUCUUCCUUUUAGCGCCUGCUAGCAUCCUGGCAAGGAAAGCUCUGAGAUUCUUGCAAGGACUGAUGCGGAAGAAGGAUAUGAGGCAAAGCUGCACGGCUACAGCUAACUGAUCGCCCUUCUGGGGUCUCAACCCAGCUAACGAUCUUGACAGUGAGUGGCUACAGCAGGCCUAGCAUUAGCCUGCCAUCUACCUUCCUGCCCUUUUAAGCCAUCUAAUGAUAACUCUGCGUGUCAGCCGAUGAGUGUUUUCUCACACACUCCAAGGGUUGCCAAUGUACCACAAAGUCUCUCACCUGAUUACCCGUCAAGGAUUAAGCCAGAGCGUGGCAUCGUCUGUGCAGGGAGGGAGCACACGCAAGUGCCAGGAUGUGCAAAGACUCCUGACCUUUACUGAAGCGCACACACACUCGGGACACAGAACUCUCGUCCCCCAUGAGACAGUCCCGCUUGAUCUGCCAUCACCAAUGGAACUGCCAUCAUAGACUCAAGACACUGUGGAUCCAACUCCACAGUUUUGUCAGCGACAGUGUUGGAGCGACUAUUUCAGCUGUGGGGUUCCCCUGAAGGAGGAGAGAUGGGCUCCCAAGCACUUCAGAUAUUACGACAGGGCGUGUGGGCCUCGCUUACCGGGGGGUGGUAUGUGGACCCUCAUCAGAGCACCUUCUCCAACUGCUUCCAUCUCUACCUGUGGAUAUUUCUUUUGGCUUUCCCCUUUCUGCUGUACAUGGCUCUUCCCGCCAGCUUGGUGGUAGCAGGCUUGUACUCUGCCGCAGUGGCCGUAUUUUUUACCGCUGUCAAAGUGGUCAACUACCGUCUUCACGCCAUGUUCGACCUCGGGGAGAUUAUUGAGAAGAAGCAGGCCUCGCUCUCUGCCGACGCUCCAAGGACAGAAGAAGGGGACGAAGGUUAUGGCGCGAAUGAUGGGAGUCAACCCAGGGAUAUCCAUGCUGGUGUGGAGAUGACGGUGUUUCGGAAGGUCAACUCUACGCCUCCUGUGCGGUGCAGCUCUCAGCACUCGUUGUUUGGACUCAACCAGGUGUCGGAGUUCUUACCCCAGCUUGAGGAUUCAGGGGGAACAAAGGAUAUGAAAGAGUUAUUGCGAGAACAGGGAAGCAAUAACGUGAUCGUUACCUCCACUCAUCGCGAGAUGCUGCGGCAAAGUUCUCAGGACACCAUCAGGGCUCCGAGCAUGGUCCAGUCUUGCAUUGCUGCUGCCCUGGGAGGUAACUUCCCAGGUCUAAUGGGACUCUCCGGAAUGGCUUCCGGAUUUGGAGAUCCAGGAGAAUAUCUGUCUGUACCCCCUUCACCUUCCAGUCAAGAAGACGGAGGCGAUAAAGAAGCAUUGCAGGAGGUGGAGGCGCCUCAAAAAAUUUCCAAGGACAAUGGGUUAGCAUAUUCUCCCCUCAGCCCCUCUGCUGAGUCUGAGAGUCUAGGGGAAACCCCCCUUAGUCCUCUUAUAAAGAGUAGCUUAAGUGAGGAGCUGAGUGAAAAUCUUUUGGGUUUGGGUCUUGAUCCUGUGGUCUUUGUGCCUGGGACUGAGCACCCAGGUUGCCGCAGUGGGGUGGCUCUGGCUGCUGGAUCUACAGACAGCUGCUUCAGUGGAGGUGGAGCCACUACUGACCGUGAGACGCUGAGCACCGUAAGCAGCUACCGCAGUGAAAAGACGGAUUCCACUCAGCUUGAAAGCCCAUCUUUCAGCCAACCCAAGCCCCCGGAUGGACAGACGUCGACGCUGGCAGCGGGGGAUAAUGUCCCCAAAAAUGCAGAUAUCCCAGCAGGACAGGAUGGCAGUGACACAGAUAACCUGUCUGACAGUGUGCUGCUACGCUCACCUUCCAAAGAUGUCUCCCCCAGCCAGGCCCUCGACAGGACACUUGUUGAAGGAGACGAUUUACCGCCUGCACCCUCUGACAUCCCACAAGACCCCAUUUUCCACAACUCUUCCCCUUCGAGUAGCGGUCACUCUGACGUUUGUGACUUAGACAGAACCGUCUCUGUUCCCCCCCUACCUCCACCUAGGCAAGCUACUUCUGUGCCCUCAGGGCUGGCUCUGGGUUCAGUGUGCUCCGAGCCCGCUCUGCCCAUUUCCUCCACCCCCUUCCUGGUGUCAGAUCAGUCUGCCCAGCAGGUUGUGCGGCCCAAAGACUUGAAGCUACUGCAGGCCAGUGGCAGUAAUGUUGGCCACAGGCCAGGCCGGCGGAAAGCUCCUCGAAGGCGAGCCGGCGCAGGAAGUAGUAGUUUUGACUGUGGUUCUUACAGGCGUCACCACAAUCAUAGACAGCACAGAGAUUACAUCCCUGUGCGCAACCGGCUCGGCGCCAAGGCUUACAGUGAAAGUCUCUUCGAGGAUUCCAGUGACGAGGACGAUGGCAGCGACAUGAGCGCAGCAUCCAGUCUGGGCUCUCAGCGCCACUACAGCUCAGAUGAAGACGACUCCAGCUCCUCCACCUCCUGCUACUCCCCAGAUCUCGUUAAUGCCGGGCCCGCAUUACCACUGCCCGCGGCCGCUCAGCUGCCCACUCCGCUGGAAGAGGAUUUAGCCGAACCCGGUGGCCCUUCAUAUUCUCGUGCUGCUCAGCGCUCGUCGAGCACAGCCAGCGCUAAGACUCACGCCAGGGUGCUCAGUAUGGACGGAGCAGGUUCAAGUCAAAACAACGCAACAGCUCCGCCUUCUACUCUACACACCAUGCCCUCUACUUCCACACCUGCACCACGCACUCUCACCAUGUCCAAGUCUGACUUGGAGGCUCGCACCAUCCACAUGGAGAGCUUCCCUGGACCUCAUCAUCUUCGGUUGGAUUCUCUGGGAGGCUCUUGGACUGGCAACCAGAUGGGUUGGCGAGGAGGGGAGUUGACUGAGGAGGGGGCGGUGGGAGGAGCUCUGGCGCUGGAGGAAGGAGGCAAACACGACUCUGUCAGCAGUGUAAAGAGGACCCAGGCUAUCCGCAGGCGACACAAUGCUGGGACCAACCCUACACCUCCUCCUUCCACCAUGGGAUCCCCUCCCAGCCUCCAAGACCUACAAAGGGCUCGGACCUCCUCCCACUCGCGGACUCGCACCCUCCCGUCCGCCUUACAGUUUGCCUCAUCACUGCUGCUCCCCCGCAGCGGCAUCCACGAGGCCUCCACCUUUGACGACACAUCAGAGGGCGCCGUGCACUACUUUUUUGAUGAGAGCGGAGUGAAAAGGUCUUACACUUUUGGACCUGCUGGAGGAGGUUAUGAAGACCCAGUUCAGGAAAGGGAGAGGCAGUCCCAGUCCUCAAGCUUCACCUCAACAGAGGUCCAGGAGGGAGCCCCGGUCCUGUCCAUGCUGCAGCCCAGACCAGUGGUCCUACAGGGCAUGCAGGUGCGAAGGGUGCCUCUGGAAAUACCUGAGUUUGACCUGGAUCAUGAGUCCUUGCAGGAGUCCCAAGAAAACACACUGAUGAUUGAGGAGAAAGCUAAACCCAAACAGUACUAUCGCUUUUGGGUGCUGCCUGGGAAGUGGUUGAGGGUCCGCUACGAUCGAUUAGCUCUUAUGGCCUUGUUGGACAGGAACCGGCGUGUUGGAGAAAACGUGUUUGCUGUUGUGCUGGCCAGUUUGGUGGCCUUUUUGGGGUUUCAACUGCUGCUCCAGGGCUUUUUCAGGGACAUCUGGGUCUUCCAGUUCUGCCUGGUCAUUGCAAGCUGCCAAUACUCAUUACUUAAGAGUGUACAACCAGAUGCAGCCUCUCCAAUGCAUGGUCAUAACUGGAUCAUCGUGUACAGUCGGCCUGUUUACUUCUGCUUGUGCUGCGUGUUGAUUUGGGUCUUUGACUUGUCCGGCCGCUCUAGCAGUGUGCAACCCGUCUCCCUGUACGGCGUCACCUUCUUCUCUGCACACUUCCUGCUUUGCAUCAGAGAUAUGCUCCUGGUUUUGGCCUUGUGUUUCCCAGUCAUCUUCCUGUUUGGCUGGCUACCUCAGGUCAAUACUUUUAUCAUGUGCCUGUUGGAGCAGAUCGACAUGCAUGUUUUUGGUGGAACAGCCACCACCAGCCCCCUCUCUUCUCUAUUCAGCCUCAUACGCAGCGUGCUGGUGGCCGCUCUGCUGUAUGGAUUUUGCCUCGGUGCCAUCAAUGCGCCGUGGGGGGACGCACAUGUGCCAGUACUGUUCUCUGUCUUUUGCGGCUUGCUGCUGGCCUUGUCCUACCACUUGAGUCGUCAAAGCAGCGAUCCCACCAUCCUGUUGUCAUUGGUGCGAUCCAAAUUAUUCCCCGAGUUGGAGAACCGUUCACCAGAAGAACCCUCUGUGGAGAUCAAGGACCCUUUGCCAGAGAAGCUGCGUGACUCAAUGAAAGAGAUUCUUCAUUCUGACCUUGUCAUGUGUCCCCUCAUGGCUGUAAUCACCUUCGCCAUCAGUGCCAGCACAGUUUUCAUUGCACUACAACCUGCUCUCAGCUUUGUCUUAUACAUCCUAGCGGGAGUUGUUGGCUUCAUUACCCACUAUCUCCUGCCUCAGCUCCGCAAACAGCUGCCUUGGUUCUGCCUGGCUCACCCUGUGCUCCGGUCCAAAGAGUACAGUCAGUUUGAGGUCCGAGAUGCUGCACAGUUGAUGUGGUUUGAGAAGCUGUAUGCGUGGCUUCAGUGUGUGGAGAAGUACUUCAUCUACCCGGCCGUCGUGCUCAACUCCCUCACCACGGAAGCACGGGCUGUGGGCCAGGACCAUAAAGAGCUGGACAUCUACAGCCGGGCGCUCUUCAUCUCAGUGGCUGGCAUGAAGUUGCUGCGGUCGUCCUUCUGUGCCCCGUCGCAGCAGUACGUCACGCUGUGCUUCACCACCCUUUUUUUCCACUUCGACUACCCACACUUUUCAGAGACAUUUUUAAUUGACUACUACUUUAUGUCCAUUCUUUUCAGCAAGAUGUGGGACCUGCUAUAUAAGUUACGCUUCGUUUUGACGUACAUCGCUCCUUGGCAGAUCACAUGGGGCUCGGCUUUCCACGCCUUCGCUCAGCCCUUUGCUGUGCCACACUCUGCCGUGCUGUUUGUGCAGGCCAUCUUUUCUGCCAUCUUUUCCACCCCUCUCAACCCCGUCCUAGGUAGCGCUGUGUUUGUUACCUCAUACACCCGACCUGUUAAGUUCUGGGAGCGGGACUACAACACCAAGCGAGUGGACCACUCCAACACCAGACUUGCCACUCAGCUUGACCGUAACCCAGGUGCUGACGACAACAACCUGAACUCCAUUUUCUACGAGCACCUGACGCGCUCUCUGCAGCACAGCCUUUGCGGAGACCUGCUGCUCGGCCGAUGGGGCAACUACAACACCGGAGACUGCUUCAUCCUCGCCUCCGACUACCUCAACGCUCUGGUGCACAUCAUCGAGAUCGGCAACGGCCUGGUCACCUUCCAGCUUAGGGGUCUGGAAUUCAGAGGAACCUACUGUCAGCAGAGGGAGGUAGAGGCCAUCACGGAGGGCGUGGAGGAAGAUGAGGGAUGCUGCUGCUGCGAGCCCGGCCACUUGCCUCACAUGCUGUCCUUCAACGCCGCCUUCGGACAACGCUGGCUCGCCUGGGAGGUGGCGGCCACCAAGUACGUGCUGGAGGGUUACAGCAUCAGUGACAACAACGCCGCCUCCAUGUUGCAAGUGUUUGACCUCCGCAAGAUCCUUAUCACGUACUAUGUCAAGAGCAUCAUUUACUAUGUGAGCCGGUCACCCAAGCUGGAGGAGUGGUUGGCUAAUGAGACCAUUCAGGAUGCUCUGCGGCUGUGUCUCGGACCCAAUUACGUGGACAGCGACCCCACCUUCAAUCUGAACAUAGACGAGGACUACGACCACAGAGCCUCUGGCAUCACGCCCUCCUCCUUCUGCAUGGUGUACUUGGACUGGAUCCAGUAUUGCAACAGCAGGCGUCAAGCGCAUGUGCCAAGUGAAAGAGAUUCUCCGUUAGUCAGUUUGUGUUUUGGGCUUUGCAUUCUGGGAAGAAGAGCGCUGGGCACUGCCUCCCACAGCAUGUCUGCAAGCUUGGAGCCGUUCCUCUACGGCCUCCACGCGCUCUUCAAGGGAGACUUUCGGAUCACGUCUCCUCGCGACGAGUGGGUCUUUGCAGAUAUGGAUCUGUUGAAUCGAGUGGUGGCGCCCGGAGUGCGGAUGUCCCUCAAAUUGCAUCAGGACCACUUCACAUCCCCGGAUGAGUAUGAGGACCCUGCGGUGCUGUAUGACGCCAUCACCGCCAACGAGGAGAAGAUGUUGAUAUCGCACGAGGGCGACCCGGUUUGGCGCAGCGCCAUCCUAGCGAACAUGCCCUCGCUGUUGGCGCUGCGGCACAUCAUGGACGACGGCAGCGACGAGUACAAGAUCAUCAUGUUGAACAAGAGGUUCCUCAGCUUCCGGGUCAUCAAGGUGAACAGAGAGUGCGUGCGUGGGCUGUGGGCGGGCCAACAGCAGGAGCUGGUCUUCCUGCGUAACCGUAACCCAGAGCGCGGCAGCAUUCAGAACGCCAAGCAGGCCCUGAGGAAUAUGAUCAACUCGUCGUGCGACCAGCCCAUCGGAUACCCCAUCUACGUCUCCCCCCUGACGACGUCUUACGCAGGCGCUCACAUUCAGCUGCGCUCCGUGUGGGGCGGGCCUGUGAGCCCACACAACAUCUACAACUGGCUCAUCAGCAGCUGGGACAGGAUGCAGAAAGGAUGCGGCGCCGGUUGCAACAGCGGAGGAAACAUCGAAGACUCGGACUGCGGCGGCGGCUCGACAUCCAUAACUACCAACGCCGCCAUCCACACCACACAGAGCACGCCAGCCUCCAGCCUUCCUCAGCCACACAUCACCACGCUGCAAAACUCCUUGGGUACAGACAACCCAGUUGGUCCAAGCCAGAACUGGCCUCACCACCCCCAACCACUCCCACUGGCCCUGCUCAGCCAAUCAGAGGGCAGGAUGGAGGCGGGGCUGCUGUCCUCCCUCCACCACCACCCCACCCACCAGCGUCCAUCAUCCAUCCAAGGCCUGCUGGGUCAACAACUGUCGCACUCCCUGCUCUCCUUCAGCGGCUCAGUAGCUCCGCCCCCUCUGCCGGUGCCCGAACGUUUUUGCGCCGCCAGUUUCCUGGAGAACUCGGGUCACAGAGCGGGCCAGCGGGCUGGUCUCGCCCAGGGCAACGUUCUCCACCUGGAGAGUCAUUUCGGGAAGUGGAGUUUUUCUGGCAGGAAGGGCUUCAACGGGCCGGCGGCAGCCGAGGGCGACGCAGGAAGCGUCCACACCAUUCGCACGCAGGUGACACGCCCACUUCUGGAGCUGCAACCAUUCUGUCCUUUUGCUUCAUAUUUACUUGUCUUCUUUUCACAGCUGCCCCCGCCCGCCCCCCCACAGGACGCCAGUCCCACACAAGAUCCACUCGGAGCGACUCGGGCGGCGGAUUCCUGCCUGCUGAACGCAGGAGACGCCGUCGCCCCGCCUGACCAAUCCACAGAGCUGCCUUUACUUGAGCACCUGCGCUGAUGAUGGACACGUCCUCCCCUGCCUCAACCCCCUCCCACACACUGGACAGCGCCCCCUUCAGGAAUCAUUCUCUCCAUCUUAGAAUCCAACAGGUUUUGUUUUAAUCAGCCCACGUAAACAAAACUUUUUUUUUUUUUUCCUCCCAGCCUGAGAGCAUGUUGUGUGUGUGUGUGUGUGUGUGUGUGUGUGUGUGUGUGUGUGUGUGUGUGUGUGUGUGUGUGUGUGUGUGUGUGUGUGUGUGUGUGUGUGUGUGUGUGUGUGUGUGUGUGUGU